AUGGGCAGAAGAAAAAUUGAAAUCCAACCAAUCACGCACGAACGCAAUCGUUCAGUGACCUUUUUAAAGAGGAAACACGGUCUCUUCAAGAAAGCGUAUGAGCUGGGAGUGCUCUGUAGCGUCGACGUCGCAGUCAUCAUCUUCGUAGAAGAAAAACCAGGUCACAAUUUCAAGAAGCUGUACCAGUAUUGCUCCUGCGAUGUCCAGGACAUAGUACAACGACAUAUAAGGCACGACGGCGAGAAAGAUACCCGAGGGCCAGUUGACUUUGCUGGUGGGCCUAGCGCCAAGUUUGAAGAUUUUGGAGAAGCCGAAGACGAUGAUGUAGAAGACGAAGAAGACAUACGUAGGGGUGCUAAGCGUAUAAAGCCCGAGGAGCUCACAAUCGAUGUCGACGUAUGUGAUUCAUUUGUUCUCUGA